AUGCACUUCAGCACCAUUAUCAUCUCUGCCAUCGCCCUUGCUAUGGGUGCAUCCGCAAUGCCCGCUCCUCCUGCAGACACCCGAUAUGCGCAACUCCGUCUUUUCGGGGAACCCGGCUGCUCGGCGCAAAAUGAGGGAGAGCUCGGUGUCUACGGCGACUAUGUCAACAAAUGCAACACUUGGGAUGGCACGACUGUCAAGUCCGUAAGCUUCGAGUACGCCAUCAACAACUGCCAACUGCGCGUCUACAGUGACGUUACUUGCCAUCUGGACCGACAUCACGUUCCGGUGAAGACCUGCCUUUCCGGUGAUAAGAUCUACCGAAGCUACGAGGUUCUUUGCGACCACCUCUAA